GUCGGACGCUGUGUGGAAAAGGGCCUGGCAACUCCUCCCAAUGAGCGCAGAUAUGUCCGGGCAGAUUUUCUCAGUACGUACGUAGGUACCUAACCUUAUUUUCACCUCACUUACAGAACCGUCCUACCGCCUCCUCCACCUUUCCGCACUCCGAGCAGGUGUCGUGAUGCCCCCCCAUCGGUUCUUUCGAUUUAUAUGGCGCCUUUGCCCAGAUCGAGUGUCUGCCGCUUCCACCCCGGCCCCCUCCCAUCUCUUCUCGAUCCGACCUAGUCGGCCGCUCUUUCGAACGGCUCCUCCGCCGAGCCGCCGGCCACAUUCGUUCCACCAGACGCGCAGCUACAACAAUGAUCCGCACCAUCAACUUUCCCAGGCCAAGCCUCUUGUAACAUCCGACCGCCUCGGACGUUUUGCCCGCUCGCCAAGCUUGCACGCGGUCAUCGCCAUCUCGGUUGUCGGCGCAUUCGCUUUCUAUUUUAGCAACAUCCAAACCGUGCCGGUGUCGGGGCGGCGCCGCUUCAAUUGCUUUAGCGAGCAGACCGUAGAGGCGGCGGGUGAGGCUCAGGUCAAGAGGCUCAUCUGGGAGGUGGAACGGUCAGGCGGCCGCUUCUUGAGCGACUGGGACCCACGAACGGCUAUGGUGAAGCGGGUUAUGAAGAGGUUAAUCCCCGUCUCAGGAAUGGCGGAUGAUGCUUGGGAGAUCAGGGUGAUUGACGACCCUCACACAGCAAAUGCCUUCGUCGUCCCCGGCGGCAAGGUCUUCGUGUUUAGCGGCCUAUUGCCCAUUGCGCGGAACGAGCAGGGCCUUGCGACAGUCUUGGGCCAUGAGAUAGCACACAAUCUCGCCGGGCACGUAGCCGAGCGCAUGUCGGGUCAGAUCGGGAUCAACAUCCUUCUCUACUCCCUCAUAUUCCUUACCGGCGGAAUCGCGAUUCUAGGCACACAAUUCUUCGGGGGUGCAGUUCUAGAUCUCCUGUUCUCGCGACCGAUGGGACGGAUGCAAGAGACCGAAGCUGAUCACAUAGGCCUCAUGAUGAUGGCGGAAGCUUGCUAUGAUCCGCGCGAGGCGAUUGAAUUUUGGAAGCGGAUGGAACGAGCACAGCAAGGAGAGCCGCCGGAAUGGAUGAGUACUCACCCGUCGAACUUCAAUCGGAUACAGAAAAUAGAGGAGUGGAUGCCCAGGGCCAUGGAGAAGAUGCGGGCAAGCGAUUGUCAGGGAACAUCAACAUUCGCUGACAUGUUUAGGAGAGCUAUGGAAAUGGGUAUUCGAAUAGAAUAGGAUCGCUCGGGAUACCAGAACGAUGCGAGAGCAACGAUCGUUACUAGAAGCCGUUGUCGUAGGCAAGGACCACGUGGACCUGUUCACCUUGGCAAUUCGCCUAUAUAGGCAGGCAUAUGUAAACAUAACGCCCUAGAAACACCCAGGAAAGGCUGCCGAUGCAAGUGCCCACUAUCUAUAUACCGAGAGAGAACAGGCUUAAAUAUAUAAACUCUUAGUAGAAGCACACUAGUAUAUAUAUAGUUUAACUUUAUUAAAUAUUAAACGUUUAGAAUUA